CUUCCACCAUUUUCUGACACCUAUCUCGGCUUAACAAAACCGUCUCCUUUCUCUCUCCCCCCUUCUCGUUUUUGAUACUCAUGCUCGAACCGCUGUGGAAUCAAACCCUAACCAGGCCCUUUGAAGAUUUUUAGGUAUUUCUAAAAUAUUAAGAAAGCAAUGGAGAUAGAAGAUGGCUCGGUCAUAGUGAAUUCCAGCAGACUGAAAUCUGUUGUGUGGAAUGAUUUUGAUAGGGUCAGGAAAGGCGACACUUUCAUAGCAAUUUGUAGGCACUGCAAUAGGAAGCUAAGUGGGUCAAGCACUAGUGGCACUUCACAUUUGAGGAAUCACUUAAUCAGAUGUAGAAGAAAAUCCAACCAAGACAUUAGCCCCUUAAUAACAACAAGGGGAAAACGGAAGGAAACAACCCUCGCCAUUUCAAAUUUCACUUUUGACCACAGAAAUGAUGAAUCCGUCAGCAUUGUGAGAACUAACAAGCUAGAUAACCAUGGCAAAGAAGGGGGCAAUAUAGCAACUUUUAAUUUUGAUAACAGACAGAGUCGGCUUGAUCUUGCCCGCAUGAUCAUAUUACAUGGGUACCCUUUAGCUAUGGUCGAGCACACUGGAUUUAGGGUUUUUGCUAGAAAUCUCCAACCCUUUUUUGACAUUCCAACGUUUGAUGGGGUGGAGGCUGAUUGUAGGGAAAUUUAUCUGAAGGAGAGACAGAAAGUGUAUGAGGAGUUGGAUAAAUUGCCAGGUAUAAGUUUAACUGCCGACACGUGGACUGCUAAUGGAGAUGCCGAAUACUUAUGCUUGACAGCCCAUUACAUUGACGAUUCUUGGCAACUGAAGAAGAAGAUUCUCAACUUUUUAAUGAUUGAUCAUUCUCUAACAGUAGAUACAAUUUCAGAAAUAAUCAUGAUAAGUCUGAGAAAUUGGGAUAUUGACAGGAAGUUGUUUUCAGUGACAUUCGAUACUUAUUCUUUAUAUGACAAAAUCAUUGGGAGAAUCAGAGAGCAACUCUGUCAACACAGGUUUCUCCUUUGUGAUGGCCAAUUGUUUGAUAUACGUUGUGUAGCGGAUUUGGUCAAGAUGAUGGUCAAAGAUGCUUUGGAGAAGUCAUUUGAGAUAGUCAACAAGGUUCAAGAGAGUAUUCGAUACGUUCAGCAAUCACAGUCAACACAAGAAAAGUUCUAUAAGAUGGCUCAAGAUGCUGGAAUUAGCCGCCAGAAAGUCCUUUGUCUUGAUAAUAAGAACCAGUGGAGCUCCACAUACAUUAUGCUCGAAACUGCUUUGGAUUACAAAGAUGCUUUUACUCUUUUGCAAGAACAUGAUUCUCGGUACAGGGCGUGCCCAUCUACUGAAGAGUGGGACAGGGCUAGUUCCAUCACUGGUUUUCUCAAGCACUUUUUUGACAUUUCAUGUGCUUUUUCAGGUUCCAAAUAUUCCACUGCGAACAUGUAUUUCCCUGAUAUAUGUGAACUUCAUUUGAAGUUGAUAGGGUGGUGUCAAAACUCGGACGAUUUUGUUCGCUCUUUGGCAUUAAAGAUGAAAAACAGGUUUGAUGAGUAUUGGAAUAAGUGCAGUCUGGCAUUGGCAAUUGCGGCAAUCUUAGAUCCUCGAUUCAAGAUGAACGUGCUAAAUUUUUUUUAUCCUCAAAUUUAUGGAGAUGAGUCAGCAACAUGCAUAGAUAUUGUUUCAAACUGUUUGAAGGCUUUGUACCAUGGUCAUGCAAUCUAUUCACCAUUAGCUUCUCAUGGUCCUAGUGGUGAUUCUAGAGAAGAUAGGUUGACGGGUUAUGACCAAUUCCUCUGUGAAACUUCUGAAAGUGAAGACAUAAAAUCAGACUUGGACAAGUAUUUGGCGGAACCUUUAUUUCCUAGAAAUGUUGAUUUUAACAUACUGGAUUGGUGGAAGGUUCACACUCCAACGUAUCCCAUAUUGUCUAUGAUGGCUUGCAACAUUCUUGGGAUUCCUCUGUCAAAAGGUGCACUCGAGUCUAUAUAUGACACUGGAAGUAGAGUGGUUGACAGUAGUCGAGGUUCACUAAGACCUGAUACUCUGCAAGCUUUGAUGUGUGCCCAGGACUGGAUGCGCCAUGAACUUGAAGUGACUGCUUUUACAGAUUGUAAAGACUCAUCAGGCACAUCCACUUUAGCUGAACACUAUGAUCCCAACUAAUUCCAAGAUUUGUGGGAUGCGGAUUUGUGAUUCAAGCAUUGACAUUCAGUUUGAACCGUCUGUACAUAUGUUUUAUCAGGAGGUCUCUAUACCUCCUCUUUCAUGUUCAAUAUCAGCUGCAGGUUUAGUUUCAUUUUACAUCCCAUCUUGCUCAAAGUAGUGAAUCAUUGGAAAAAGAUUCCACUUUUAAAAAAAAUUGUUUAGCCCAACUCCUGGUACACACCUGUAAAUAAAUCUUUGGUCCCUAUGGUUUGGUUCCAAGUUUAGAAAUGCUGGCUGUGGUGUUUCGUCUGUAUAUGGCGUUUUGGCUAACUACUUUGUAAUUGCUGAGGUAGUAAUCUUAUUUCCAUCUUCAAAACUUCCUCAAUUGCACUGAUUUCUGUUGCACAAAUGCCUUCCACUUUUGGUUCCACUAUUGGGUUCUUAACUUUUGAUGUUAUCUCUCGUUUUUUUACUUUUGGUGCACUGUACACUACUAAUCUACUAUGAGUUUCUUGUCACUUCCAGUCCUGGUUUAUUUUUGCGGAUUAAAUGAUGGAAGAAUCAAAAGUAGCAAGAAUCUAUUGCUAUGCAUUCUUGGUGUUGUUGUUCUAAUGAUCUUAUUCCGGCUUUGGGUUUAUAAGUUUUACCUCAAGAUUCUGCACAUUGUGUCUUAAGGUUGUGCAUAGUUUGCUGCUAAAGUUGCUGGUAGAGAAUUCUGGGAAGGCAAGAAAAAGAGAAAAACUGAAAGAUCUGUAUUUCUUUUGUAACAGAUCCGCUUUUGUACCAAUGCCAAACCAAAAUACAAAGCAUUUCAAUGCUAGAAAUGCCUGUUUUUAUGUUUUUUUUUGUUCUUAUUCUAGUUAUUGUUAUGAUGCGUAUUAAUCUAUUAUUUUUGUCCAGGCCU